AGAGAGAGAGAAGCGAAAUGAAACCCCCUCCCUCCCCCUCCCCUCUCCCAGUCCUUGCGGGAGAUGGAAAUCCGCGGGUGAACUGAGCGGAACAGGAGAGGGAGGGAGGGAGGGAAGGAAGGGGUUCCAGUGCCUCUCUCUGAGCUGGACAGACACCGAGAUGUGGCCUUUCGCUGCAGCUCAGCUCCGAGUUUUCUUCUGUCUUCUGUACCCCGCCAACAUCAUCAGCCUGUGGUGGGCGGUAGGAAGCCCCUUGGUCAUGGAUCCCAACAGCAUCUGCAGGAAAGCCAAGCGGCUGGCAGGCAGGCAGGCUGAACUGUGUCAGACUCAACCGGAGAUCGUCAGCGAGGUGGCGAAGGGAGCCCGCCUUGGGAUCCGGGAAUGCCAGCACCAGUUCCGAUUCCGCAAGUGGAACUGCACCACUCACAAGAAAUACUUCAGCAAGAUCCUGCAACAAGAUAUCAGGGAGACUGCCUUCGUUUCUGCUGUCACCUCGGCUGGGGUACUCUACACGGUGAGCCAGGCCUGCAGCAUGGGCGAGCUGCUGCAGUGCGGGUGUGAGCGCACCCUGAACCGGGUGCCACUGCCCCGCUCGCCUACUCCUGGCACUGAGGCCACAGCCUGGGAGUGGGGCGGAUGUGGAGAUGACGUGGAGUUCAGCUACGCCAAGUCCAAGCAGUUCAUGGAUGCCGAGAAGAAGCAAGGACAGAACGACAUCAAAUCCUUGAUUAACCUGCACAAUAACGAGGCUGGGCGCUUGAUGAUUAAGAAUUACAUGCGAACUGAGUGUAAAUGUCAUGGCCUGUCCGGCUCCUGUGCUGUUAAGACUUGCUGGAAGAAAAUGCCCCAUUUCCGCGAGGUUGGCGACCGCCUACUGGACCGCUUCAAUGGCGCCUUCAAGGUGAUGGGCGGCAAUGAUGGGAAGACAUUGAUCCCAGUGGGGCACAACAUCAAACAGCCAGAUAAACAGGACCUGAUUUACUCUGCCGAGUCCCCCGAUUUCUGCCUCCCCAACAGGCGCACUGGUUCUCCAGGGACGCGGGGCAGGGUGUGCAAUGGCACAGCUAUGGAUGUCAGUGGCUGUGAUCUCCUGUGCUGUGGCCGGGGGCACCGGGAGGAGACAGUGAGCUUCCAGGAAAACUGCCAAUGUCGCUUCCAUUGGUGCUGUGUGGUGCAGUGCAGACAAUGCGCUGUCCGAAAAGAACUCAGCAUCUGCAUGUAGCCAGAAUGCUUCCCCAUAAGACAGUAUUCCUCGAACUUGCGUUAAACCGAAAUUGCAAAGCAAACCAUUUGUUAUCCAAAGAGCAAGGAUUUUGGAUGGGAUGAGGUGGAAUAUACUACUCAUAUCUGCGCUGCAAAGUCCCCAGGCAGGAAUUCGGAGUGAGGGAUAACAUAUGAAAAUUAGCGCACCUUGCUACUCUGAAAGAUUGUAAAAUGUCUUGAAAAGGAGCAAUUUUCUAAGUGUUUUGUGGAGUACACCCCAUUGUGAGAGGGGAUACGGGGCAGGAGGUGCAUGUUGCCUGCAGCGUAGAAGCGCUAUAAACAGUUAGUAGAAAUAUAUCAUUUCUGACUGAACACAUAUAGAGCUAUUUUUGUAUGUUUGUGAAAAGGUAGAGGGCUUUUGCCCUGUGGGUCAUUAAUAAAACGCUGCCCAGAUCAGUGUGUUAGGAGGUCAAGUUAAUUAAUCGUUGCAGCAUUGGGCUCCCUAAUGUUGGCCCAGUUCAUGUUCACUAGCAUGAGAUGUGAA